CAGAGAUCUGAAAACUGCGAAGCAUGACGAUGGAGGUAGUGGUGUGGCAUGAAGAUCUGGGAAGUGACGACGAUGCCGCGACGGAGGAGGAAUCGUUUGCCCGCAUGUUGUACUGCUGGCCGCCCAAGUCGAUGCAAGAGCAAUUGCGUGUUCUGCAACUGCUGCAAGGGGUGUACGCGUUUUCGUCGAGAUUCUCCUCGUCGCCGACAACCGUGACGCAUGUGCAGCUCACAAACAUGCACUACUGCUUCGAGCGAGUGGAGCCCAAAGUGUGGAUUGCUCUUGGCCAUGCCACUGCUCAGGACACGGACAAGUACAUCAUGGAAACUGUCUUGCGAGACAUGUACGCAUCCUUCCGCCUACUGCAUGGCGGGAUUGCCUGGUUGCUUCAAGCAGCAUCCAUGGAGUACUACUCUGUAGACCUUCCUCGGUCUCUUGUAGAUGCUGGCCUGCAUUCUGGCUUGGAUGUGCUCGUAGAACUCGCCUCCUGUCGAAAAAAGAUGCGCAAGACGGCACAGUUGAUAUUCAAAAUCCAACACGAUCCAGACACCCACGACUGCACUGCCGCAACGCUCGCCUUGGCCGACCUCUCGUCGUGGGCGUCCACCCUCGUCGCGGCGUCGCCCGUGCCUCGGCUUCAAGCCGUGAUGGGAAACUUCUUUCCCAUCUACCUGCGCAAUCUCGACGUGAAGCACCUCAAUUGCAUGCAUGCCAUGGAUGGCAUCCCCCCCGCUCCAGCCGACUCGAUGCAGCAGAUGGCGGCACACAUGUUAGCCCACUCGUUGCGGUCCGACGUGCCCGCCGUCAUGCACUGCGCUUCGUUCGACCAUGGCCAGCUAGUCAGUGGCGGAAGUUGGGAUGCCACACAACUGCAAUUAGUGUACAGAUUUCUCCGUCUUCGAGAGCAGCAAGCUGUUCUGCCCCAUCAGUCGACCAAACAUCCAAGGGAGGUCACGCCGCCGUGGUUACAGUCGAAUUCGGCGCAGCGUUCGAUUUGGGCGUCCAAGCAAACGUACGUCGACGGCGGCCUCCUCCCCCCCAAGAAACGCACGAGCGCCAGGGAUUUAUUCGUCGACGCCAUCUCGUCGUCGUCCUCAAGUGCCAAGGACGACACCACCGCCGCCGCCGCCCGAGGCUUCCAAGCCGCCGACGGCAGGUUUGAUGCGGACAUUGCGCCCGACAAACUGUGGCGACUGCCGCUAUUUUUCGACUCCACCGACGUUAAGUCGACUGCAGAUUUGAUCGUGUGGCACGAUGCACCGUGCACGCUGCUGCUGUGCGUCCAAUCCCAAGCCAAUUCUUCAUCUCUGGUUGCCGACGUGGGUAACUACUUACGUCACUGCGUGCACGUUGGAGCGUUGACCGACGCUAAUCCACCUCGUCAUGGCCACCAAGUUUCAUCCAGCGCCUUUAUCCAUGUAAAUCGGCUGACCAAGCAAACGCAACUGCACAACGUUGGCAAAUUCAAGGGCCCAGUGCCGCCGAUUCUAAUGGCGUCGUGCUUUCCGCCGCGGUUACUUGAGUCGUUGAACGUCGUUCGCUACGAUUUGGAGUCGUACGUGUAAUACAUGUCCAAUGUGCUUUUGAAUAGAUAUAUACAUGUGUAUCUAUCUCCCUAGCGACGACCAAAUCAUGGACAUCUUCACCAAGACAAGUGCCGAUGGAUGGAUCAUCGUGCGGCGGUCGGGCAGCCUCGAGCGGGAACUCGUCGCGUUUAUGGAUGCCAAGACCGUCGAGUCUGUUUCUGACCUGAGCAACACCAUGAACACGCUCAUUCACACAUCAUUUGACACGAUUUUCAUGUAAUUAUCAAGGCGAAUUCAGAUUUACACUUGGCGUGAAUACGAC